GUAGUCUGAGUUUAAACAUGACUGCAGAAAAUAUUUACUAUACCCCUGGAAAAGAAUAUUUCAUCUGGCCAACUUACAUUUUGGAAGAAUGUGCAGGCUUUAUGGUGUAUCCCAUGACAGUGUUAGUAAUAUUGAUAAUAUUAUAUUAUCCACUUAUAUUUGCAUUUUCAUUCUUCUAUACCACUAGUCUAGUAUAUUAUGUGUUAGAAAAAAUUGGUAAUUUGCCAGAAGAUAGCAAUAGCAAACAAUGGGAUAUGCCAAAGAAAAUUUACGCAUGGAUAUCAGACUUGUUUGGAAAGAUAUUGCAUGGUUAUGAGAUUUCUGGACUAGAAAAUUUACCCCAAAGACCAGCACUUCUUGUCUAUUAUCAUGGAAACUUUCCAAUCGAUUAUCACUGUUUUGUAACAAGGUUGUAUAGACUCACUGGGAGAUUCUGCUAUUCUGUGAUAGAUGAUUUACUCUUGAGUUUACCAGGACUAAAACGAUUCAUUUCCAUUCAUCGCUGUGAUUGUUCUACAAGAGAAAGGUGCAUAAAUGUUCUGAAACAAGGGCACUUACUUGGAAUUGCACCAGGAGGACUACGAGAGCAGAACUAUGGAAAUAACCAGUAUAAAGUAAUAUGGGGAAAACGUAAAGGAUUUGCUCAUGUAGCUAUAGAUGCCAAAGUGCCAAUCAUUCCUUUGUUUACACAAAAUAUUAGAGAAGGAUAUAUGGCAUAUGCAAACAUAAGACCAAUGAGAUGGUUUUAUGAGAAAAACCGAUGGUUCAUCUUUCCAUUGUAUGGAAUGUUUCCAGUUAAACUUAUAACCCAUAUUGGAAAACCAAUUCCAUAUGAUCCAGAUAUAACUCCUGAAAAAUUAGCUGAAAAGACUCAAAGGGCAAUAGAAGAUUUACGGGACAAACACCAAAAAAUCCCAGGAAGCAUAUUGCAAGCUCUUCGGCAACGCUUUGAUGCACAUGCCAAACAUAAAUAGUGAUAUAACAUCAACAAUCUUGUGGAUAAGAUAUGUGCAUAUGUAGCUAAUAUGUGUGUAUGUGUAGUGCAUGCGUUCCAUCAGGCACUUUUUAAAAACAAAAUGUCAGGGCAAGACUGAGAUGGGGUGAAAACAUUUAUUUCUUCAAUGUUUUUAAAUCUCCAA